GUCGCGACUCGCGUCGCGUCCUCUCACAAUUGCAGUGACACUCUUCAUAUUCUUUGGCAUCAAGCCCUCAGUGAUAACCCACAAUGCCGCGAGAAAUCGUGACCAUACAACUUGGUCAAUGUGGAAAUCAGAUGGGUUCGGUUUAUUGGCAGCGUCUGUGUGCAGAGCACGGUAUCAACAAAGAAGGAAUACUAGAAGAGUGGGCUACCGAAGGAGGGGAUCGAAAGGACGUGUUCUUCUAUCAAGCUGAUGAUGAGCAUUACAUUCCUCGGGCUAUCCUUGUUGACCUCGAACCACGCGUUAUCAACAAUAUUUUGGUUUCGCCUUACGCCAAUCUAUACAAUCCGGAGAAUAUCUUCGUAUCGAAAGAUGGGGGAGGAGCUGGCAACAACUGGGCUCAAGGAUACGCUGCUGGAGAGCGGUUAUAUGAAGAGAUAAUGGAGAUGAUUGAUAGAGAGGCUGAAGGGAGUGAUUCUUUGGAGGGAUUCAUGCUCACACACUCAAUAGCCGGGGGAACCGGCUCAGGUCUUGGAUCUUUCGUCUUAGAACGGUUGAACGACAAGUUCCCGAAGAAGCUCAUCCAAACUUAUAGUGUCUUUCCAAAUGCUCAAGAAGGAGACGUUGUCGUGCAACCUUAUAACUCUCUGUUGACUCUGAAACGUUUGGUGAAUCAUGCUGAUUCCGUGGUGGUACUCGAUAACGGCGCUCUAGCGCGGAUAGCAGCGGAUCGACUCCAUCUUCAGACUCCAAGUUUUGAUCAGACCAAUCAACUCGCGUCGACCGUGAUGGCUGCAAGCACACAGACUCUUAGGUACCCUGGAUACAUGAAUAACGACCUUGUAGGCAUUAUCGCCUCACUGAUACCAACACCUCGUUGUCAUUUCCUAAUGACGUCCUACACCCCAUUUACCAGCGACCAGAUUGAUAAAGCCAAAUCAAUCCGAAAAACAACGAUACUGGAUGUCAUGCGUCGUUUGUUACAGCCCAAAAACCGUAUGGUUUCUACGACUCCCAGUAAGACUGCAUGUUACAUCUCAAUUCUGAACAUCAUACAAGGGGAGGUUGAUCCUACGGAGGUCCACCAAUCCCUUUUAAGGAUAAGAGAGCGACAACUAGCCAAUUUCAUUCCGUGGGGACCUGCAUCGAUUCAAGUUGCCCCAACGCGAAGGUCACCUUACAUUGCAACACACCAUCGUGUGAGCGGUCUGAUGCUCGCUAACCACACAAGCAUAGCUUCGCUUUUCAAACGCAUGCUAGAUCAGUUUGAUAGGCUGAGGAAACGUAAUGCGUUCAUGGAACAGUACAAGAAGGAGAAGAUGUUUGAGAAUGGGUUGGAAGAAUUUGACGAUGCACGAGCGACGUGCGAUGAGCUGUUAAAAGAAUACAAGGCUUGCGAAAGCCCCGACUAUAUUUCCUACGGUUCCACAGAAAAUGAGCAAGCGUAGUUCUCAGUGUCAUCUAUAUCCUUUAUUCUCAUGUAUAUGUACAUCUUGCUUUCAUAGUGUUGUAUCGGUAUCAUAAUGAUGAUCACACAGCUCUCCGAGAUUA